AUGGCCAAUCCGCCUCACGGAGGUAUCUUGAAGGAUCUCCUUGCUCGAGAUGCCCCUCGUCAUGCCCAGCUUACCGCGGAAGCCGACAAACUUCCUGCAAUCGUCCUCAAUGAACGACAGUUGUGUGACCUGGAACUCAUUCUGAACGGUGGAUUCUCCCCCCUCGAGGGAUUCAUGAACGAGAAGGAUUACAAUGGAGUGGUCGAGAACCUCAGGCUUGCCGACGGCGCUCUGUUCAGCAUGCCUAUCUGCCUGGAUGCCUCUGGAAAGGUCAUUGAGAGUCUGAAGAUCCAGCCUGGCGCCCGGGUCACGCUCCGAGACUUCAGGGACGACCGCCACCUCGCGAUUCUGACAGUGGAAGACGUCUACCGACCAGACAAGCAAAAAGAGGCGAAAGAAGUGUUUGGUGGAGACCCCGAGCAUCCUGCCAUCCGAUAUCUUGUGAACAACACAGAAGAGUUCUACAUCGGCGGCAAGAUUGAGGCUGUCAACCGUCUGAACCACUACGACUAUGUUGCUCUGCGAUAUACACCUGCAGAACUGCGGUUACACUUUGAGAAGCUGGGAUGGUCUCGUGUGGUGGCUUUCCAGACCCGGAAUCCCAUGCACAGAGCCCAUCGUGAGCUGACGGUGCGUGCUGCUCGCGCCCGUCAAGCCAACGUUCUCAUCCACCCCGUGGUGGGCCUGACCAAGCCUGGUGACAUCGACCACUUCACCCGUGUCCGUGUGUACGAGGCGCUGAUGCCGAGAUAUCCUAACGGGAUGGCCGUGCUCGGGUUGCUCGGGUUGGCCAUGCGCAUGGGCGGUCCUCGGGAGGCCAUCUGGCACGCCAUCAUUCGCAAGAACCACGGAGCCACUCAUUUCAUCAUUGGACGAGAUCAUGCUGGGCCGGGCAAAAACAGCGCUGGAAAAGACUUCUACGGCCCAUACGAUGCGCAAUACGCGGUGGAGAAAUACCGCGCUGAACUGGGCAUUGAGGUGGUGGAGUUCCAGAUGAUGACCUACCUUCCAGAUACCGACGAGUACAAACCCAAAGAUGAGGUCCCUGCAGGUGUCAAGACUUUGGAUAUCUCUGGGACAGAGCUCCGAAGACGUCUCCGGGUCGGCGCGCCCAUUCCAGAAUGGUUCUCCUAUCCAGAAGUGGUCAAGGUGCUACGGGAAGCACAUCCUCCACGUGCCCAACAGGGCUUUACUAUUUUCCUUACCGGCUACCAGAACUCUGGCAAGGAUGCUGUGGCCCGCGCGUUGCAAGUCACCUUCAAUGAACAAGGUGGCCGGCCCGUUUCUCUUCUACUGGGCGAAACCGUUCGCCACGAGCUGUCCGCCGAGCUGGGGUUCACCCGGGAGGAUCGGGACACCAACAUUGCCCGUAUUGCCUUUGUGGCAGCCGAGCUGACCAAGGCUGGUGCGGCCGUCAUUGCAGCGCCAAUCGCGCCGUUUGACGCGGCCCGAAAAGACGCCCGCGAGACUAUCCAGAAAUAUGGCAACUUUUUCCUGGUUCACGUCGCCACCAGCCUCGAGUAUUCCGAGAAGACGGACAAGCGAGGCGUCUACGCCCGAGCCCGGAGGAAUUCCAUCAAGAACUUCACGGGUGUCAACGACCCGUACGAGGCUCCCACCGACGCGGACCUGACCGUCGACUGCGAGAAACAAUCGGUCCGAAGCAUCGUCCACGAAAUUGUCUUGAUGUUGGAAUCCCAGGGCUUCUUGGGUAGCGUUUAG